CCGUCAACAUCUGAGGUUAGCUGUACUGUAAAUAAAUAAUUAAAGUCCAAUUCUGAUCUGCUUUCGAGUAGGUUGUUUUGAUAUUUUUAUAAAUAUGUCAGCCACUUCUGAAUCUGGAGAUGUCAUUGGUGAAAAGCAAGAUGUCACUGCGGAAAUCCUUGCCACCCUGAAGGAGCGCAUCAUGAUAUUUGAUGGGGGCAUGGGGACCAUGAUUCAGCAACACCGCUUUGAGGAGGAGGAUUUCCGAGGGUCAGAGUUCAGGGACCAUCUCAAGAACCUGAAGGGAAACAACGACCUGCUCUCACUAACCAAGCCCAAUGUCAUAUAUGACAUACAUAAGUCAUACAUGGAGGCGGGUGCAGAUUUUGUUGAAACCAACACAUUCAGUGGAACAAGAAUUGCACAGGCAGAUUAUGGAUUGGAAUCGCUGACAUACAGAUUAAAUUUUGAAUCUGCUAAGCUGGCAAAAAGAGCAGCUGCAGAUGUAUCUAGGGCCACUGGCGUGAUGCGGUAUGUAGCUGGUGCCAUGGGACCAACCAACCGGACACUUUCUAUAUCCCCUUCUGUAGAACACCCUGAUAUGAGGAACGUCACGUUUGAUGAACUUGUUGAAGCAUACACGGAACAGGCUAAAGGCUUAUUGGAUGGUGGGGCAGAUGUACUGCUGGUCGAAACAAUCUUUGAUACUGCUAACUCUAAGGCAGCCCUUUUUGCCAUUGAAGAGCUGUUUAAAGUGGAGAAUAGAAGCUGUCCUAUCUUUGUGUCGGGUACAAUAGUGGACAAAAGUGGUCGGACACUGUCUGGUCAGACCACUGAAGCUUUCCUGAUCAGUGUUUCCCACAGUGAACCCAUGUGUCUUGGCCUGAAUUGUGCCCUGGGGGCAGGGGAGAUGAGGCCCUUCCUGGAGACCGUCAGUAACAACACCAAGGCAUUCACCAUCUGUUACCCAAAUGCUGGACUCCCAAACACAUUUGGUGAGUAUGAUGAAACACCAGAAAUGAUGGCUUCACAGUUGAAGGUGUUUGCCAAGGAUGGUCUUAUCAACAUCAUAGGAGGCUGUUGUGGGACUACACCUGAACACAUCAAAGCAAUUGCUGAAGCUGUAAAGCCCUUCCCACCCCGAAUCCCACCCACCAGUCUUUAUGAGGGCUACAUGCUUCUUUGUGGGCUUGAAGAGGCUCGACUAGGCCCGUACACAAACUUUGUCAACAUCGGAGAGAGGUGCAAUGUCGCAGGCUCCAGGAGGUUUGCAAAUCUCAUUACAAAAGGAAAAUAUGAUGAAGCUUUGAACAUAGCAAAGCUGCAGGUGGAGAAUGGAGCCCAGAUUAUCGAUAUUAACAUGGACGAGGGAAUGUUGGACGGAGUUGCAGCCAUGACCAAGUUUGUCAACCUGAUCUCAUCAGAACCAGACAUUUCAAAAGUGCCGUUGUGUUUAGACUCAUCAAAUUUUGCUGUGAUUGAGGCUGGGCUCAAAUGUACCCAGGGAAAGUGCAUUGUGAACAGUAUCAGCUUGAAAGAAGGAGAGAAGGAUUUUAUAGAAAAAGCUCAGAAGAUAAAGCAGUACGGGGCAGCGGUUGUGGUUAUGGCCUUUGAUGAGGAGGGGCAGGCGACAGAAUCUGCUCGGAAGGUUGAGAUCUGCACGAGAUCCUACAACAUCCUCGUGCAGCAGGUUGGGUUUAACCGUAAUGACAUCAUUUUUGACCCCAACAUCCUCACCAUAGCAACGGGGAUGGAGGAACAUGAUCGAUACGGAAUAGAAUUCAUAGAAGCUACCAAGCUAAUCAAGGCAACACUGCCAGGUGCCCGUGUUAGUGGAGGCUUGUCCAACUUCUCAUUCUCAUUCCGAGGGAUGGAGGCUGUCAGAGAGGCGAUGCACAGCGUUUUUCUUUACCACGCUAUUAAGGCUGGAAUGGACAUGGGAAUUGUGAAUGCUGGCUGCUUGCCCGUGUAUGAUGACAUAGAGCCUAAACUGCUGGAGAUGUGUGAAAAUCUGCUAUGGGCUCGAGACCCUAAUGGCACUGAUAAACUUCUAGCUUAUGCCCAGUCGAUGGGUCAGGGUGGUAAGAAGUUGGUGGUCAGUGACGAGUGGCGGGGCAAGGAUGUGGAGGAGCGACUCUCAUACUCUCUCAUCAAGGGUAUUGACAAGUUUGUUGUUGAGGAUACAGAGGAGGCCAGGCAGAACCUGCAGAAAUACCCAAGACCCCUCAAUGUCAUAGAAGGGCCUCUCAUGAAGGGAAUGAGUGUUGUGGGUGACCUGUUUGGCGCGGGAAAGAUGUUCCUUCCCCAGGUGAUCAAGUCAGCGCGCGUGAUGAAGAAAGCUGUAGGCCACCUGAUACCCUUCAUGGAGGUGGAACGCCAGGAGAGGAUGAAGACCUCGGGAGCUACUGAACUGGAGUCAGCGUAUGUUGGCACUGUUGUCAUCGCAACCGUGAAGGGGGAUGUUCACGACAUCGGCAAAAAUAUUGUGGCUGUGGUGCUGGGCUGUAAUAACUAUAAGGUGAUUGAUCUUGGAGUUAUGACCCCCUGUGAAAAAAUACUGCAAACAGCCAUUGAUCAAAAAGCAGACAUCAUCGGCCUGUCUGGGCUUAUUACCCCCUCUCUGGAUGAGAUGAUUCACGUUGCCAAGGAGAUGCAGAGAAUCGGCAUGCAGGUACCUCUUCUCAUAGGAGGGGCCACAACAUCAAAGACCCACACUGCAGUGAAGAUCGCCCCGAGGUACAAGCAGCCUGUCAUCCAUGUACUUGAUGCUUCCAAAAGUGUUGUUGUGUGUUCCAGCCUGUUGUCCAGGGAUGACCGGGAGGUAUUUCUCGAGGACAUUGUGGAGGAGUAUGAAGAAAUCCGGGAAGAACACUAUGACAGCCUUAAGGAUAGAAAAUACUUGCCCUUAGAGAAGGCUCAGGCCAAAAAGCUCCAUAUAGACUGGUCAGCUGAGCCAGCUCCUGGUCCCCCAUCAUUUAUUGGUGUGAAGAUGUUCGAAGACUAUGAUCUCACCCGCCUGAUACCGUACAUUGACUGGAAACCCUUCUUCGACGUCUGGCAGCUCAGGGGGAAAUACCCUAACAGGGGAUACCCAAAAAUCUUCAAUGAUAAAGCUGUUGGUGCGGAGGCUAAAAAGGUGUAUGAUGAAGCGCAGAAGAUGUUAAAAGAGAUUGUGGCAUCAGGAAGUCUCCAGGCACACGGAGUGGUGGCAUUUUACCCUGCAGCAGGUGUCGGUGAUGAUAUUGAAGUGUACAGUGAGACAGGGGAGGUCCUUGAGACUCUGCAUGGGCUUAGACAACAGGCUGAGAAGGAUUCGGCCUCAAGUGACCCGUACCUAUGUUUAUCAGACUUUAUUGCACCGAAAGGCUCCGAAGUGACUGACCAUAUUGGGCUGUUUGCUGUCACUACUGGACACGGGGUGGAUGUAAUGUGCAAAAAGUUUGAGGAACAGUUUGAUGACUACAGCAUCAUCAUGGUGAAGGCCUUGGCGGACAGACUUGCUGAGGCAUUUGCAGAGGAACUGCAUGAGAGAGUGAGGAGAGAGUUAUGGGGCUAUGUAAAGACAGAAAAUCUCGAUGCUGCCGAACUCCACAAAAUCAAAUAUCAGGGUAUUCGUCCUGCACCUGGCUACCCAAGCCAACCAGACCAUACAGAAAAGGAUGCCAUGUGGCGACUGCUGCGAGCCGACAAGGUUGGGAUCACACUCACCGAGUCUCUCGCCAUGGAGCCUGCCGCAUCUGUGUCAGGAAUAUACUUCGCGCACCCACGGAGCUCUUACUUUGCUACAGGAAAAGUGAACAAAGAUCAGGUUGUGAACUACGCAGCAAGAAAACAGAUGGACAUCAGUGUAGUGGAGCGAUGGCUGGGCACCAAUCUAGCAUACGAUGUGGAGUAGAAUGGACAGUGCUGAAUCUUGAUAAUUAGAAUAAGAUGAUACCCCCUGAUAAUGAAAAAAACCUGUUGAUAACUUAAAUAUUUAUCAAGUUUGUGCAUGAAAAUGAUUACAGUUUUCUGAUUUAGAAGUGAUAAUCCAAAUCUAUUUAUUUCUGAUACUAAAAGGGGUAGAAAUUAGGGCUGCCAUUUGAUGGUGAUUAGUGACAUUGUUGACUUUGUAUGACAUACAUGUAGGUGGUUGUGUGGUUUCACAAAAAAAACUCGUUUUAGAAAAUACUAGCAUGAGGGCAGGUAGAUUUGUCAACCAGAAUAGACUCCUUGAUCUCAAAUAUGAAUGAAAGUUUUAUGAAUUAAAUUUUGUGAUAAAACAACAAUACGCUAACUUUCUCCAUGCAUGUUGGAAUCUUUGAAUAUAAACUAUUAUAUCCAUGACAGCUCAGUCUUUGACAUUAUUUCUUUGGACUAAACACCAGACAUUAAUCGAACAAAUAAGUGAACUGUUAGUUUUCAUUCACAUUGAAUGAACCUUAGAUUUGCAAGAUUGUACAAUUAAUUAUUAUUUUUGUAUUACACAUCUGUUGAACACAAUUAUAUACCUAAUUAAAUAGUGAGUGUACAAAUUGAUAUUAACAAAUAUUAGGGCAUUCUUUUGUUUUAUUAAAUGUGCUUUAUCUUGUUUUAUCAUUAAAAUAACAGUCGGGCGCGACGCUAGCCCUCUAUUCAGGUGGAAUCAUAAUUGUGCUAGGGGGAAACCAUGGUGCAUUCUGGGCGGUUUGAGGUGCUAUUUUUUUAGUACUGGAAAAUGGACAGGUUUAGGAUCAUUUAGUCAAGUACGCAAACUGCAUCUUCGGCUGAUUUAUUAUUUUUAUUUUUUUAUUCAGAAUCAUGUGAAGUCAGCCGCGUACUCGCGUAUAGGCAGCUACGCUCCUGACAGUGUAUAUUUUGAGCAUUCAUCUUCAUACUUUUGUAUGAUAUUUGGUAAUUUUAGAAAAGUGAUUUGUUAUUUUUAUGCCCCCGAAGGUGGGCAUAUUAAAAUUGCACCGUCCGUCCGUCCGUCCGUCCGGCUCUGUAACUUCCCCUUGUAUGGACUGAUUUUAAAAUAACUUGCCACAUGUGUUCCACAUACCAAGGCUACGUGUGGCGUGCAAGACUCGUGUCCCUACCUCAAAGGUCAAGGUCACACUUAGUGUUUAUUCACAAUGGAGUGCUGCAUAUAAGGACAUAGAGUAUAGGUUGUCGUGUCCGGGCUGUAACUUUCCCUUGUAUGGACAGAUUUUAAAAUAACUUGCCACAUGUGUACCACAUACCAAGACGACGUGUCGCGUGCAAGAUCCGUGUCCCCACCUCAAAAGUCAAGGUCACACUUAGUGUUUAUUCACAAUGGAGUGCUGCAUAUAAGGACAUAGAGUAUAGGUUGUCGUGUCCGGGCUGUAACUUUCCCUUGUAUGGACAGAUUUUAAAAUAACUUGCCACAUGUGUUCCAC